UCGAGCGCGUCGCGCGUUGCGGACGGACGCCGUAGCGCGGGGAAUUUCGAGCAGAAGAGCCGCGCGGCAGGCCGGUAGCUGGCGGUCUUGUCAGUUGCGACCAUGGAGGCCCUGGCCGAGCCGCAGUGGCCUCCGGGUUUGGCGGUGAUGAAGACAAUAGAUGAUUUGCUGCGCUGUGGGAUUUGCUUUGAGUAUUUCAACAUCGCAGUGAUAAUCCCCCAGUGCUCUCACAACUAUUGUUCUCUCUGCAUAAGAAAAUUUUUGUCCUAUAAAACUCAGUGUCCAACUUGUUGUGUGGCAGUAACAGAGCCAGACCUGAGAAAUAAUCGCCUUUUAGAUGAACUGGUAAAAAGCAUGAAUUUUGCACGGACUCGCCUGUUGCAGUUUGCUUUAGAGUCACCACCCAUAUCUCCUGUGUCUUCCACCUCGAAGAAAGUUGUUAAAGUACAUAAUGCUGAAGCCAUCAAACAUCCUAGCAAACAGGGGAACAGGUUAAUGGAUAAGUUCCUGGUUAGAGAAAAUGAUGAUUCUGUACCUGAGUUGUUGGGAAAAGAAAAUGACAGGAAAUUCAGCCCUCAUAAAGAGAUAAGUACUUUUGCUGAGAUUAAGGAGACAAGUCUCAUAGGAAAGACGGUACUUGGUCCCUCAGAUGCUAAUGGUCCUGUGACACCUUCUACAUCUACUAUGAAACUGGACACUAAAGUGUCUUGUCCUGUUUGUGGGGUCAGCAUUUCAGAAAAUCACAUCAAUAAGCAUUUAGACUGUUGCUUAUCGCGUGAAGAGAAGAAGGAGAGUCUUAGAAGUUCUGCUCACAAAAGGAAGCCACUGCCGAAAACUGUGUAUAACUUGCUCUCUGAUCGUGAUUUAAAGAAAAAGCUGAAACAGCAUGGCUUAUCUGUUCAAGGAAACAAACAGCAGCUUAUUAAAAGGCACCAAGAAUUUGUGCACAUGUAUAAUGCCCAGUGCGAUGCUUUGCAUCCUAAAUCAGCUGCUGAAAUAGUUCAAGAAAUUGAAAACAUGGAGAAGACCAGAAUGCGCCUUGAAGCAAGUAAACUCAAUGAAAAUUUCAUGAUUUUUACGAAGAACCAAACAGAGAAGGAAAUAGAGGAAAUUCACAGUAAAUAUCCCUGCUUUUUAAAAGCACCCAGUUCCAGCAGCCCAAGAGUGGCACCACCUUCAGAGAGCUGGGACCCUCCCACAUUAGUCAUCAAUCAAGAAAAGAUACCACUCUUGCUCACAGGCCAAUCUGGAGGUAAAAAGCAUCAGAAUGAAUUCCAGCUUCUGGUAGAUCAGGCCAAAAGAGGAUACAAGAAAACUGGCAGAAUGUCAGAAGCUACAAAAACAAGAAAAGAUGGACCUGCAGAGAAACUGUCAUCUGAAUAUACUGCACAAGAAGAUAAUGUGAGCUUCUCAGAUACUGUCUCAAUAACAAAACCCAUUCCUCAGUCAAAGUUGGACUCCCCAGGGCAGUCGGAGCCCGAGAGACCAGAUGAUUCUUCUAGUUGUACUGAUAUUCUUCUCUCCUCAGAAUCAGAUUCAUGCAAUAGUUCCAGUUCAGACAUCAUAAGAGAUCUUCUGGAAGAAGAGGAAGCCUGGGAAGCAUCUCACAAGUUAUUGAUUUCAGCACUGAUUUUGAUUACUUCCUGCCUUCGACUCUUGGGUGUGUUUGCCUCCUUUUUUUCUAGAGUUUUCAGAAAUGAUCAAAACAUAGAAGUAAGCCCACAACAGAAUCGCCGCUCUAGAGCCACUGAAGGUGCAGAGAUUGAACCAAGAAACAAGCGGAAUAGGAAUUAGUAUGAGCUUUUGCCAGCUUUUCCGUACAGUGACCUGAAUGUGUGUUAUUUUUAUUGCCAUAUGGUUUCAUAUUUAGCAAUAUCCAAGGAAGAUAUUUAGUUCUAAAUGUAAUCGUUAAUUUAUUUUCAUUCUUUGCCUUUCUGGAAGGAUAAAAAAAAAAAAAAAAAAAAAGAAAAGGUUCUGAAAUUGCCCUUCUUGGUCAGUUGCUUCCUUCCCUCUAAGACAUUUUCUUCCCUAAAACACAUUCACCAGCUUUGCACGGAGCACACAUUCCUUAGCAGGAGUGUUUGCCUUGGUUUGACUUCUCUAUUUCAGGAUGUUUUAAAGUCAUUUUUCACUUCUUUCCAUUGGGGAACCAACCUCAGCAACAGCUUCCUUUUGGUAAGAAUAUGCAUGCUUUUGUCAUAAUCCACAUAACCUUGGUGUAAGUGGGUGAGACCAGGCCACCAGCAGUUACUAGUUGGUGCCCAAGUUGAAUGUAUGUGGUUGUUAGACACACCUGUGUUUUACAUAUAGAGUAGAUUUAUAAUGUGAAGUCACAAAGUGAGUUUUAUAAUUUUUGAAAAGUCAGGAAAGUUAGUAUUGUAAUUUAAGGUAACAGUCACAGUAACUCUGAAACACGCAUAUUCUGAAGUGCCACUUAAAAAUUAUUAGUAUUUUUCCACAGGGCCAGACAGAUCUCUAACACUUGGAAUCCCAGCUGUUAAAAAAAAAAAAGAAAAAAAGAAAAAAGAAAAAAAUAAAUGGAUUUUAUCAAUGAAUAA